GCGGCCCGGCCCGCGGGGCUCCCGGCCGCCGCAGCUGAUGGUGUUCCGCAACGUGGGUCGGCCGCCGGAGGAGGAGGACGCGGAGGCGGCCCCGGAGCCGGGACCCUCGGAACUGCUGUGUCCCCGGCACCGUUGUGCCCUGGACCCCAAGGCCCUGCCGCCGGGGCUGGCACUCGAGCGGAGCUGGGGCCCGGCGGCUGGACUAGAGGCUCAGUUGGCGGCUCUGGGGCUCAGGCAGCCGGCGGGGCCAGGGGUCAAGACGGUCGGUGGGGGUUGCUGCCCGUGCCCAUGCCCCCCGCAGCCACCCCCUCCGCAGCCCCAGCCGCCUGCUGCCGCCCGGCAGGCCGGGGAGGACCCCACGGAAACGAGCGACGCGCUGCUGGUCUUGGAGGGCUUGGAGUCGGAGGCUGAGAGCCUGGAGACUAACAGCUGCUCGGAAGAGGAGCUCAGCAGCCCGGGCCGCGGAGGAGGAGUGGGUGGCCGGCUCCUGCUGCAGCCCCCAGGCCCCGAAUUACCCCCGGUGCCCUUCCCGCUGCAGGACUUGGUCCCUCCAGGGCGCUUGAGUAGAGCGGAGCAGCAGCAGCAGCAACCGCCUCCGCCCCCGCCUCCUCCCGCGCCCCUCCGGCCACUCGCGGGCCCUUCUCGGAAGGGCUCCCUCAAAAUCCGCCUCAGUCGCCUCUUUCGCACGAAGAGCUGCAACGGUGGCUCCGGCGGUGUGGAUGGGGCCGGUAAGAGGCCUUCUGGAGAGCUGGCUGCUUCAGCUGCGAGCCUGACGGACAUGGGAGGCUCUGCGGGCCGGGAGCUGGACGCGGGGAGGAAACCCAGGUUGACAAGAACUCAAAGUGCCUUUUCUCCGGUCUCCUUCAGCCCUCUGUUCACAGGUGAGACAGUGUCGCUUGUGGAUGUGGACAUCUCUCAGCGGGGCCUGACUUCUCCACACCCUCCAACUCCCCCUCCUCCUCCGAGAAGAAGCCUCAGCCUCCUAGAUGAUAUCAGUGGGACGCUGCCUACAUCUGUCCUUGUGGCUCCGAUGGGGUCUUCCCUGCAGUCUUUCCCCCUACCUCCGCCUCCUCCGCCCCAUGCCCCAGAUGCAUUUCCCCGGAUUACUCCUAUCCGAGCAGCUGAAUCCCUGCAUAGCCAGCCCCCCCAACACCUCCAGUGUCCCCUUUACCGGCCUGACUCAAGCAGCUUUGCAGCCAGCCUUCGAGAGUUGGAGAAGUGUGGUUGGUAUUGGGGGCCAAUGAAUUGGGAAGAUGCAGAGAUGAAGCUAAAAGGGAAGCCAGAUGGUUCUUUCCUGGUACGGGACAGCUCUGAUCCUCGUUACAUCCUGAGCCUCAGUUUCCGAUCACAGGGUAUCACCCACCACACUAGAAUGGAACACUACAGAGGAACCUUCAGCCUGUGGUGUCAUCCUAAAUUUGAGGAUCGUUGUCAGUCAGUGGUGGAAUUCAUUAAGAGAGCCAUCAUGCACUCCAAGAAUGGAAAGUUUCUCUAUUUCUUGAGAUCCAGGGUUCCAGGACUGCCACCAACUCCAGUCCAGCUACUCUAUCCAGUGUCCAGAUUCAGCAAUGUCAAAUCCCUCCAGCACCUCUGCAGAUUCCGAAUCCGACAGCUUGUCCGGAUAGAUCACAUCCCAGAUCUCCCACUGCCUAAACCUCUGAUCUCUUAUAUUCGAAAGUUCUACUACUAUGAUCCUCAGGAAGAGGUGUACCUGUCUCUAAAGGAAGCUCAGCUCAUUUCUAAACAGAAGCAAGAGGUAGAGCCCUCCACGUAGCAAGGGGCCCCUGCUGGUCACCACCAAGGGCAUUUGGUUGCCAAGCUCCAGUUUGAAGAACCAAGUAAAGCUACCAUGGAAAGAGGAGUGAGAAAAAAACAAGAGGAAAUAGGAAGGGUUGGGAUCCUCUCUGCAAGGACUUUGGCUUUCUUUACAACCCUGGGGCUUAGAAGAAGCACACAACUGUAUACUCCAAGCGGGGCUCCACCUUUCACAUCGCCCCGGUGCUGUCCAGGGACUGGAUGAGCUCCUUAGAAAACUGGAAGAAGUCUCAACACUGUUCCUUUCUCAGAAGUUUUGUUUUGGAGAUUUAGAAUUUUCGGUAUGGAAAACUCACCUUAAAGGCAGCUGAGGUUUGGCCCAUCAUGUUGGAAGUGGUGCAAUGGGUGAGGGUCUAAAGGGGAGGGGGGAGGAGAGGGGGUUGCCUAUGACAGUUAUUUAUCUGGUGCCAAAGGCAGUGUGCUAGUCUUUACCAUUGACCUUGAAGAAGAAAAGAGAAGGAAUCAGAAGUGCAUAUCAAGUUGGGUAGCUUUAGUAGGAGCAGAAAAGUAAGGAGGGUCUGUGGUCUCCAGUAGAAUAUUGCUGGUAAAAAUUGGCAAAUGGCCUCAGUCGUAACUCCUCCCAUCCUUUCCUUUUAGGGUUUUAGGGAUCUGAUUGCAGAAUCACCUCUCAUAAUUAGUUUUACUGAAUUCUUAAGCUCCGUGACCUCAAGUUAGCCCUGUUCCUCCUCCACCCUCCAUCCUUUCCCUGGGAUAACUGUACAUUUCACUCUGGUCAUGGUAACAUCAUUCCUAUUGCUUCCACCAGCUGUCAAGGCAGUAGCUUCUCUCGUCACCUGAGCAGUUCAGCACUCCAGUCAUGGGCUGCUGAAAUUAAUGGAGCAUGCUUCCAGAUUCUGAAUGGUAAACUGUACCCAUGACUUAGAUGUCAGUGUUAUUUGCCUCCAUAUGUCUGUCAGCUAGUGAGAGGGAAUGUGGAGGAAGGUGAGAAAAGAAGCAGUUGUAAUUGUGCUCUUCCCAGAGAAAGCUCCCCAGUAUCUCAGCUGUAAUGGGAUCUCCUGAGAUGACAGAGGAGGAGAACAUCACAUCACAUCUCAUAUAUCUCCAGCUCUUGCUGUCGUCCCACUUCUGGGAUGGGGGUAGCAAGCAAGAGUAUCUUUCCUCUGUGUGUUCUUUCUAGCAACCCAGACAUUUUCCUGAGUCAGACCCUGUUUGCCCUCCAUUCAUUGGAAAGUCUGUCAUAUGCUGAUUUGACAGUUGCCUGUCUUCCAGGUGGAAGUGGAAGAGGAGAGAGAAAAAUCUGAGUGCUUUUCAACAGUCUGAUUUUUCCCUGAAGGUAGCCACUGUCAAGUAAUAUAAUGCUAUGAGUUUGCCUUUCGUAGAGUUACUCUGGGAAGAGAUUUGCUAAUAGGAUGUGAAAAUUGAACUAUUUGGUCUUUAUUAUUAUUUUGCAUUAAGUCCUCUGCGAGGCUGCCUCUUUUGGUUCCUUUAUGUUUAUAUCUGCCUCAUCUCAUGAGAUCAAAUAGCAGAUUGGUGGUUUCCUGCUGCUUUAGGUGAAGCCUCAGUGUCUCAGUAAUUUAUAGGACUGCACCUUCUGGAAACAUUGGCCUUCUGCCUGUGUCCCACAUCGAAUGGUGAGUCUUCCUCCCUGUAACUGAGCAGGGAGGAAACUUGCAGUUUCCUGGCUAUAAAAGAACUGGCCCACAGAAUGAACUUUGUGGCAUAAACAUAGGCCACUGAUUUGCUGUGAAGUACCUCUUCUCUCCUUGGCUCCUGGUGGUAUUACUGGCCAGUUAAUAUUGUGACCCCAGAGCUUGAUUUAACCUGUGAAUCUUGCCUCUUGAGCGUACAGAUUAACUUUCCAUCUUGCAGGAAGUUUCCUCCACUGUCAUGGAGAGCCUGUCGUCUGGAAUUCAGUGGUAGCUUCAACUGGCUGAUAUGCAGCUGGCUAGGAUAUUUUUUUUUUAAGUUAUUUUUAACCAUCAGCCACCCAUAAUUUUAAAAUUAUGUUUUAGCAUGUGAUUGCCUGGCUCUGAGCUCCAUAUUGUGGAAAACAUAAGAGGUAUAAGAUGUGCUAUUUGGUGUAAGGGAGCUUCUAGGUGAGUGCCACAGAUUAAGCAAUUGGAGAAUGGCUCUGUGUAGCAGAGAGAAACUAGGGAUGUCUUUGAAGAUAUUCAGAGUGGAUAUGGUCUCAGGGUAAACCACAGCUGGUCUCUGUGGUAUGAAGCUUCGGAUCAUAGGUGGGGGCUGGAUGGAGGUGAGUAACAUGCAUUAAAAGCAUGGGAGCCAAAAUCUGCAUGCCGUGUUCUGAACAGUGUGCACGCAGCCCCAGGUUAGAGCAGCAACAGCAAAGAAUCCUUUCCAGUGCUAUGGUCAAGCCCAGAACUUCCUGUCAUCGGGCAAGUCUGAAUGCUGAGGGGAAUAGUGUUGAAAUGGAGCCCAAAGCCAGCCAGGCUUCUGCCAUGGCCACGGCCCUCACUGCUCUCAACAUAGCCUGUGUGAGGACGGCAGAACCUCUGUCCCUGCUGUGGCGUUCUUUAUUCAGAGAAAUCAAGUACCAAACCAAGCUAGCUAAGGAGAUGUGACCACCGUGAUCACCACUGUCCUUCAUUCUCUUCUGGGAAGGGUAGUGUUCAUCUGUGUCCAUAAUCGGUAUUUUAGUCACAGCCCAGACUGGGCCCUAGUUCCUCCUUGGUGGAGUGGCUACAAGGCAUGGCCUAGGUAUGAGCAGGCAGGCUCCAUGAGGAGAGGUGGAGGAAGGGGUAGGAAGAUGGGACAGUUGCCUGAGAGGCCGCCUGGCUGGGGUAAACAGGGAGGGCACGGAACCAGCUGAUCGGCCAUUGUCUGCACUGGCGGCACCUGCCCUGCAGUCUGGGUGGUGCUGAGUGAAGUGCACUCCACUGAAGAGACUCGCUCCUUUUGUUUGUUGUAUUUUAACUGUCACAAACUGGAGAACAUCCUCACUUCUAGCACCCCAUCAUCAGUUCGAAGUAGUGGGUGAGUGAUGUCAGUACCCUCUGGCCGCACACUUGUUUGUGAUUGAUCUACUGUAAGGUUCCUCAGGACGGGCGUGAACCACUGUGAGCUGAGGACAGCUACUGCUACAACUUGCCAUGGCUAGAAAUGUGAGCUGUCACAGAGGCACAGGAUCAGUGGAUAAGUGGGUGACAGCCAGGAGUUUGGGCCACUGGUGAGGACACGGGCCUGGUGGCCUGCUGUUGCCUAGACAGAGUGAACAUAACACCUGAGAAUGGGCUGUGGACUGGAGCACCUGAGAGACCUGUCAGGGAGCUCACCUCCGUGGUUUCUUCUCCUCUCUCACUUCUACUUGGGCUGUGUGUCAGCCUCGGUUGGGUUGGGAGUGUUGUGAGCUAGCUGCAGGUCCCCUUCAGUGCACAUCCAGGAGGAGCUAGGGAGUCCGAGGGUGAGGGUGGGGGGCUGGUUGUCUUAGAUCCGAGGCAGAAGUAGAGCCAGAGCCCCGGGGUGCCAUCAGGUUAGUCCUUCCCUGCCCGUCUGCCUCUGCCUUGACCUUGAGCCCCUAGGCUGGAGGAGUAGGCGCUGGGGUAGAGCCCUACAGGGCUGCCGAAAGGAGGUCGGGAAGUCUGUGUGUGUGUGUGCGCGUGUGUGCGUGUCUUCACUUACAGAAGUCUUGCCACCACUGGGGUGUUGAGAGCAUCUCCACUGGGGGGAGACCUGACAUUUGUUUUCCACUUUUUAAGAAGAUGACAUGCCCCCUGUCCCUAAGGGAGGAGCUUUUGCAUUAGACAUUUUCCCUAUGGGAAUCCUCUUGGUCUGGUUUGUGGGAAAGGGGGGAGUGGAUAAAUGACUUUUAUCUCUAAUUGUCAACACAGCUGUUCUUACACUGAAUUUGUGCUAUUGCAUACAUGUAGCCAUCUUUCUUUUCACUGCAGCAGUGUUUAUCAGUAGUUCAAAAUGAUUUAUUUGCUCCUGGGGAGUAAAACCUUUUUUAUUAAAAAAGAAAAAGAAAAAAAAAAAAGUGUGAAUCCCCAAUCCCCACCACCAUGCUAGCUGUAGGCUUAUUGGGCCACAGAGUUGAAGAAGUCUGCCAGGCCCUGUGACCCUGUCCUGUUUUGACAUGGGAGCCCUUGUGCUCAGCACAAAAUGACAGGAGGCCUUGAGGAGGUGGAGAACGGAGUCCUGGAGGAGUGAGGUGGGGGUGGACCACAGAGAGGCACUGGGGACUCAGGUGCUGCAGUUAGAAACAUCGAGGAAUGAGCUGUAUUUCAAAUACUGACUCUAACCUGCCAGGGAGAGGCCUUUCUCUACGUGCAGAUUCCAUAUUGUCCUUGUCCUUUUCAUGGCUUCUUGACCUUCCUGGUAGGUGCCGUUCAGUUUCUUCCUGUACCCCUUCCUGCCCCCUCCACCCCACCGCCCCUUCCAUCCCCUUCCCAUCUGCCUCCCAGGAAGCCAGCCCUGCAUGCUGAGUCUGUGACAUGCCUUCACACCCAUUUCAUCACUUGGGGGACUGCUCCCUUACCUCUGCCAUCCCUCCCUCCGCCGUGCCAGGAGGCAUCAGGGGCAGGCCAAAAGCAACCAGCCACAGCGGGAAGACAUGAUUCUGGUUGCAGCUGGACUGCGAUCGUAGUUGCUCCUGGAGCUAGAGUGUCAGGAUAACUUAGGACACUCUGGUAGGAAACCAGGCUGAUCAUAGACUGCACAGCCCCGCUCAGAGCCGCGGCCCACCCCGCCUGAGCGCCAGCCCCAGCUGGGCCGGGCAGGCUGGUCUGACUACUCCUCCGUGGUGCUCCCUUGCAUAGGGACCUGCCCCGCUCUGCUAGGCCCAGAACCUUUCUGAGGGACAAGCAUAACCCAGGCACACUCUGUGGGCAGCCGGCUUCUGGGACGCCCAAAUUGGUGCUGCCUGUGGCACAGCCACUGCUGUACUUUUUUUUUUUUUUUCUUGCAAGAAACUCAACAAAGUGGGGUGUCGUUCUGGGCUCUGGUGGUGGCUAAUUCUUUACCAGAAGGGGAGCCACACACCCCUGCAGCCACUGCUGUCGCCUAGCACCCUGGCCCUCCUCCAAGCCAAAGCGUGGCCUGGCUUUUGUCUUCCCAUUUAGUUUUUCUCCUCAACUCUCCCUUUUUGUGCUUAAUUUAUUAAAAUAGUUGCUGUAUAAUUUAUUUUCAUAAACUAUAAAAAAUUACUAAAUGGUUAAAAUAGACUUGCAGGCCAAUCUUAA